GAUGGUUUAACUCCAAGAACAAGAAGCAUUACAAUGGAGGAGUAUAGAAAGAAAGCAAUUGUAGUUAUAGAAGAAUAUUUUGCAAAUGAUGAUGUUAUCUCCACAGCAAAUGAAAUAAGAAUGCUUGGUAUGCCAAAUUAUGAUUACUAUUUUGUUAAGAAACUUAUUUCAAUGGCAAUGGAUAGACAUGACAAAGAGAAGGAAAUGGCUGCAGUCUUAUUAUCUUCUGUGUAUGCUGAUGUGAUUAGCCCUCCACAACUUUAUAAAGGUUUCUCAAAACUAGUUGAAUGUGCUAAUGAUUUAGUUGUUGAUAUACCAAAUGCUGUUGAUAUACUUGCUUUAUUCAUUGCAAGAGCUAUUCUUGAUGAUAUUCUUCCUCCUAUAUUUUUGAAAAAACAAAGGGAAAUUUUACCAAAUGAUUGUAAGGGAGUUGAUGUAAUCACAAGAACAGAGAAGGGUUAUUUAUCUGUUCCUUACCAUUCUGAGAUUAUUGAAAAUAAAUGGGGAGCAAGUAAGAAUAAAUCAGUAGAUGAUGUUAAACAAAAUAUAAGUAAUUUGUUAACUGAAUAUGUUGUAAGUGGUGAUAAGAAAGAGGCUUGUACGCGUAUAAAAGAGUUGAAUGUAGCGUUUUUUCACCAUGAAAUCAUGAAGCGCGCUUUAAUAAUCGCAAUGGAGAGAAAAAAGGUUAAAGGUAGGAUGUUAGAGUUACUAAGAAUGGCUGCCGAAGAAGGUUUAAUCAAUUCAAGUCAAAUAACGAAAGGAUUUAAUCGAAUGAUCGAUAAUAUUGAUGAUUUGUCACUUGACAUACCGAAUGCAAGACAAAUUCUCCAAUCCAUAAUCUCAAAAUGUGGUUCUGAAGGAUGGGUAUCGGUUUCUUCCUUGAAAUCCUUGUCUGCAGAGCCAAAGGUUAAAUUGUUAGAAGAUAGUGUUACGAAAUCGUUCAAGACGAAGGCUGAAGCUAUCAUCCAAGAGUACUUUUUAUCGCGUGAUACUAUAGAAGUAUACAGAUGCUUAGAAUCAGAGAACUGCACUUCGUCUCAUGAGUUGAAUGCUAUAUUCGUUAAGAGAUUGAUCAACAUUGCUAUGGACCGUAAAAACAAGGAAAAAGAAAUGGCAUCGGUUCUCCUAUCAUCCCUAUGUUUACCUGCUGAGGAUGUUGCAAAUGGAUUUAUAAUGUUGAUAGAAUCCGCUGAUGAUAUUGCCUUAGACAAUCCAAUUAUUAUCGAGGAUUUAGGAAAAUUUUUGGCUCGAGCAAUAGUCGAUGAAGUCAUAGCGCCUUCUCAUUUAGAAGACAUAGGUAACCCAUUUAUGGGGACUAAAUCAAAAGGACAUAAGAUCAUUCAAAUGACAAAAUCUCUUUUGAAAGCUCGUCUUUCAGGGGAACGUAUACUAAGGUGUUGGGGCGGUGAAGGAAGUCGAGGAAAUGGGUGGACGGUAGAUGAUGUGAAAGACAAAAUCGCAAAACUAUUAGAAGAAUAUGAGUGUGGAGGGGGUAUAAAGGAAGCUUAUAGGUGCAUAAAGGAAUUGGGAAUGCCUUUCUUUCACCAUGAAGUAGUUAAGAAAGCAUUAGUUAAAAACGUGGAGAAGAGAAAUGAUAGAUUAUGGAAGCUACUUGAAGAGUGUUUUAAUUCAGGGCUUAUAACAGUGAAUCAAAUGACAAAGGGUUUUGCAAGAGUACAAGAAUCAUUAGAUGAUCUAGCUUUGGAUGUACCAGAUGCUAAGCAACAAUUUUCAUGUUGCAUUCAUAAGGCUAUUCAUUUAGGUUGGUUAGAUCCUUCAGCUUUUUCUAAUAAUCCUAAAGAUUUACUUGAAAAUAAUUAA